AUGACUACUGUAAUCCAGACUAGUCAUGAUAUCAAUGAAAUAUUCGAUAAUCUCCUCCUCGCUGAAGAAAUAGCAGAACAGUCUGGAUAUGAAGAAGGAUACAGUGCUGGAAAAAAACAGUCACUGAAAGGAUACCACUUAGGCUAUCAUAGAGGCUCUGAACUAGCUGCUAAACUUGGAUAUUACAGUGGUAUUGCCGAGCACUGUCUCAACUCCAGUAUUCAUCCUGCAAAAGUCACUGAACAGGCAAAAAAAUUGUUGGAAGCCAUUGAACAGUUUCCGAUCACCAACGACGAGACUGUCGACAUAAUAAAAAAUUCCGAGGACAUCAAGUUUAAGUUUAUCAAGUUGUGCUCUCUUGCUAAAAUUGAUUCCACGUAUCCCGAAGCUGACAAGCUCGAGUUUUAA